ACCAGCUGGCCUUCACAAUUCAUAGCUUUCACAGGAUAAAAGAGAGCAGAGAGAAGCAGAGUUUCUUAUGUAAAAUUCAAAGCUAGAGGACAUGAGCGGUGUGCACUCAGUGCAAAUAAGCUGCUUUCCUCUGCCUCUUACUAUUUCUUCCCCCUUUCAUUUUUUGGCAUUUUGCAGGCUUGGGAAGUCUGUCGAAAGCAAAGUUCUCUUUUUUAUGCAUACAAUCUAUUUGGAGAAAAGCAUAGACGAGUCCAAGAAUUAGAAGAUCCAAAAAACUUGUUUAAGGAUCAGCAAUCUUUUACCCUUCUUGGGUUGUUGCUAUUUCAAGUUUGUGAUCUCUCUUUUCUGUCCUUUUUGAACCCACAAACACCACAAGCCAGCCAGCCAGGCCAGGGCCUAACGUAUUUGAUAUUUCUUUCUUUCAUGUGUUUUUUGAACUCAGAAACAAACAAAGAAUGAAGCUUGUGAUUCUUCUUCUCCUUUUCCUUUAUAUACCCUCUUGGAUUUCUCACUUCUGUCCUGUUCGUGCUGUACCUCUACAUGAGCAAUACGUUUCCUCUUCAGCUUCCUCUCCUUCGUCUACAGUUCCUGCUUCCAUGGCUCCUUUCUCUCCAGGAAUUCAAUCCCAACAGGGAACGGAAGAGGAUCACCACAAGAUGAAGUUAGACAAGAAAAUACCCCUAUUACUCAUGGUUGCUUGUGGCAUUCUGGCUAUAAUCGUCCUUGUCUCUUUGUUUGCUUGUUGCAUUUAUUGUUGGAAGAUCUACAGUAGAAAGAAAAAUGCCCAGUUUUCAGAUGUUGAGAAAGGGGUAUCAGUAACGCCAUUCUUGGGUAAAUUUAAUUCAUUGAGGAUGGUUAGUAACAGAGGAUCUGUUCCGUUGAUUGACUAUAAGAUACUAGAGAAAAGCACAAAAAGCUUUGGAGAUGACAAUUUAUUGGGAAAGGGAGGAUUUGGUCGUGUUUAUAAAGCGUUAUUGGAAGAUAACAAGCACGUUGCCGUCAAGAAACUAGACUGUGAAGCUGAAGAUGCGAGGAAAGAAUUUGAGAAUGAGUUGGAUUUUUUAAGCAAAAUUCGCCACCCAAAUAUCAUUUCUCUUGUGGGUUAUAGUGUUCAUGAGGACAUGGGUUUUAUUGUUUACGAAUUGAUGCAAAAUGGGUCCCUUGAAGAUCUACUACAUGGACCUCGUGGAUCUUCAUUAAGUUGGCAUAUGCGGUUGAAAAUUGCUCUUGACACAGCAAGAGGAUUAGAAUAUCUGCAUGAAUUCUGCAAGCCACUAGUGAUCCAUAGAGAUCUGAAAUCAUCUAAUAUACUUCUAGAUUCCAACUUCAAUGCCAAGCUAUCGGAUUUUGGUCUCGCAGUAGCUGAUAGCUCCCAGAACAGGAACAAGCUCAAGCUUUCCGGUACCGUUGGUUACCUAGCCCCAGAGUAUAUGUUGGAUGGUGAGCUAACUGAGAAGAGUGAUGUAUAUGCAUUUGGGGUUGUGCUUUUGGAGCUUCUACUGAGAAGGCGGCCUGUGGAAAAACUAACACCAGAUCACUGUCAAUCUAUUGUAACAUGGGCCAUGCCUCAGCUCACUAACAGAGCCUUACUUCCAAACAUCGUGGAUCCUGUGAUAAAAGAUACUGUGAAUGAAAAGUACUUAUUCCAGGUUGCUGCAGUAGCAGUGCUAUGUGUGCAACCAGAACCAACAUAUCGGCCACUCAUAACAGACGUUGUGCACUCUCUGGUUCCACUGGUUCCUGUUGAGCUUGGAGGGACGCUAAAAGUUGCAACACAGGCUGCACCACCUGGGCGCACACCGGAGUGGCUAAACAAGGAGAAACGUUUCUGAUGUUAUGCACCCGCUUUUCUUUCUCAAAGUUUUGUUAGAUAAAUCCAUAAUUCACUACCAAUAAACUUGCUUUUGUGCAUUGGUAUUUGUCCACAUUUGUAAAAUGAAGCAAUUUGUAGUGGGUUAAUAUAGAAUUCUCAGAGAUCAUUUGUUUCCUUUUCCUCCCAAAAAAGGGAAAAAUAAGAAGAUUUGUGCCUCAAAGAUUCUUUUGGGUUUCAGGAUCUCUGCAUAAUUUGUGCGGCCUUUUGCCAAAAGUUGAUACUUUGUCU